UUUCACCUCCUCCAUCACCAUGCUGCUGGCAAGGACAAAUGCAGACUGCAGCAUGUCAUUCCCUCCACUGAGAAGUUUGAUGCAGAAUAUCGUCGUUUUGCUCUGAAGAGAAAUGGUCCAGGGGGCUUCAAGGAGUUCUACCGCCUCCUCCAAACGAUUCAUCACAUCCCUGGUGUUGAUGUGCUACUAGGAUAUGCAGAUGUCCACGGGGACCUCCUUCCAAUCAACAAUGAUGAAAAUUACCACAAAGCCAUUGCAUCAGCCAAUCCGCUGCUCCGCAUUAUUAUAACCAAGAGAGAGGAUGAACCUAUCAUUUUUGGCACCAACUCCCUUCAGAGGCGUAGAAAGGGGCUGGGCUUAACGAGCCUGCGCGCCACUGGCUCAGGCUCCACCCACUCAAAGGGCAGAUCUGGCCUCAUGAUUGGACCGCCAAAGAACUUCAGACAGAUUUCUUCAAUCAUCGAUGUGGACAUUUUGCCUGAGACACAUCGACGGGUACGACUUCACAAGCAUGGCACUCAAAAACCACUUGGGUUCUACAUACGUGACGGCGUGAGCGUGCGGGUGACACCGCAGGGCGUUGAGAAGGUUCCAGGGGUGUUCAUAUCUCGUCUUGUGCGUGGUGGGUUAGCAGAAAGCACUGGGCUGUUGGGUGUUAACGAUGAGAUCCUCGAGGUCAAUGGCAUCGAUGUAGCAGGAAAAUCUUUGGAUCAGGUCACAGACAUGAUGGUGGCAAAUAGUCACAACCUUAUUGUGACCGUAAAGCCAGCUAACCAGAGGAACAAUGUUACGCAUCGUAGGAGUAAAACCUCCGUAGGUAACUCGGGUUCUCUGGGCUCAGUUGGAUCUACAGGCUCUGCCGUGUCACAUGACUCACAAAGCCCCGCCUCUCUGAGCAAUCCCAUCACUGCAAGCAACAGCAUUGCUGAGGGUGACAGUGAUGAUGGUGGUGACGAUGAUGAUGAAGGUGACCUCAUUCUGGAGAAUGACUGCCUGACACCCUACGACUCCCACCGGGUCACUAACAGCACCACUAUGCCGGACAGAGACUCACUUAGCAAUGGGCCACAUAGCUACACCGUGGGUAGGCCCCUCCCACAGAGUGUCUCAUUGCCCAGUAAUGUCGGAGCAUCCCUGAGAGACAGCGCCAUGAUGAUCUCCAGCCACAACGGAAACUCCACCCACACAACUAGUAGCAGUGAGGAGAGCAUGAGAGAAGAUAGCAACGUAACAGCACUGUAACCACGACAGCACUGUUCCAUUGAGGACUAUGAAUGUUAGCGCAACAGUGCUGAAACCACGGCAAAUACAGGUGGCUGUGGUCCUGUUAGAUAACAGACUUCUAAAAGAGGAGGGAGCUGACGUAUGAAGCACUGACAGGACCUCAGGAGGGACCAGUCACAGUCUUCUGCUAGUUUACACUUUACCUCUUUCCCGCCUUGGUGGAUUGUUGGCUUUUAUUGUAUGAAGGCAUAGGAACACUGUAUACGAUGCAACGUAUGGCUGAAGUUUUCAGCUUUGUCAGGUUCUAUAAACAACAGUAAUUAUAUCAUUUUUUAAAAAUAUUAUAUUAUGGAAAUGUUUAAAUACCAUAAUGUAUUAACAGAUUAAUAUUGACCAUUUAAUUAAAAAAUUAAAUAGUUAUAAAUCCUCUUGUAAAAGCCAUAAGUCACUUUGAUGUCAAUGUAUUUUAAAAAAUGUCUUCAAACCUA